AUGUCAUUGAAUAAAUUUGAGAAAAUUCGCAAGACUUUAUAUUUCAAUGAUAACAGCAAGGACCUUCCCAGAAACAACUCUGAACAUGACCGAAUUUUCAAAAUAAGACUGGUUAUGAACUCUUUGAAUGAGGUCUACAGCAAAGUUACAUUGGAAGAGCACCUUUGCGUUGACGAGCAAAUGUGCUCCACUAAAGCACGAAAUACAUUGAAGAGAUACAAUCCCAACCAACCAAACAAAUGGGGUUACAAAAUCUUCGUGUUGAGUGACGUUUCUGGACUUGCUUAUAAAACUGAAAUUAAAACUGGUAAGGAAAAUGUUGUCCUACAAGAAGAGCCUGAUUUGGGUGCAUCAUCCAACGUCGUCACGAGACUAGCGCGCAUAAUUCCAAGACACCAAAAUUUCCAGCUAUGUUUUGAUAAUUAUUUUACCUCUCGUCGUUUGUUGGAGUAUCUGGCUAAAGAAGGUAUCCACAGUCUUGGUACAACUGUUGCUUGGAAGGAUAAUAAAAUACUCUUCCUUGCUUCAACUUUUGCUGGACAAAAACCAGAAGCUGAUGUACGAAGAUGGGAUAAGCAAAAGUCAAAGUAUGCGACUAUAAAGCGACCUUAUGUAGUUGGAGAGUACAAUCGUCACAUGGGUGGGGUCGACCUCAUCGACAGCAUCAUGGGCAUCUACAAAAUACGGCUACGUAGUAAACGAUGGCAGGUGCGCUUGUUCUACCAUUAUCUAUACUUCACGAUGGCUAAUGCAUGGUUACUUUAUAAAAGAGUCUCAAAAUACAAAAAACUUUCAGCAUCAAGCAUUUUAUCAUCAGCAGAUUUUCGUCAGGAGGUUGCAGUGACCCUAUGUAAAAUGGUUACAAAGUCUGGUAUGUCUGGCCGGCGUUCGCUGGAGACCGAUAUUCAAGCUAAAAAGCGCAAAGGACCUGCACAAUACGUGCCGCCAAUGGCAGUACGCCAAGACCAGAUAGGCCACUGGCCACAAUGGUCUAAUAAAAAUGAGAUGCAAGCUUCCAAAGUGCGCUGGAUUUACGUAUAA